GCCACCCCUUCUCAGGAUCACCCAGACCUGGACACACAGUCCACCCGCCUCCGGCAGGCGUCCGCCUCACCACCACCUCUUCUCCUCGUGAACCGUCGAAGAGCUGUGAUGAAGUCGGGCAGCGUCCAGCCCGCAGUAGCUGCAGCAGACCAGACGGUUUCGAACAUCCCUACCGGGCGGCGCCUCACAAUCGAUGACUUUGAAAUCGGGCGUCCUCUGGGCAAGGGUAAAUUUGGAAAUGUGUAUUUGGCUCGGCUCAAGGAGAGCCAUUUCAUCGUGGCCCUGAAGGUGCUCUUCAAGUCCCAGAUAGAGAAGGAAGGACUGGAACACCAGCUGCGCAGAGAAAUUGAAAUCCAGGCGCACCUACAGCACCCCAAUAUCCUUCGCCUGUACAACUACUUCCACGAUGCCCGCAGGGUGUACUUGAUUCUAGAAUAUGCUCCAAGGGGGGAGCUCUACAAGGAGCUGCAGAAGAGCCACACGCUGAAUGAACAGCGGACAGCCACGAUAAUGGAGGAGCUGGCAGAUGCCCUGACCUACUGCCAUGAAAAGAAGGUGAUUCACAGGGACAUUAAGCCGGAGAACCUGUUGUUGGGGUUCCGGGGUGAGGUGAAGAUUGCAGACUUUGGCUGGUCGGUACACACUCCCUCUCUGAGGAGAAAGACAAUGUGUGGGACCCUGGACUACUUGCCCCCAGAGAUGAUCGAGGGGAGAACGUACAAUGAGAAGGUGGAUCUGUGGUGCAUUGGGGUGCUCUGCUACGAGCUGCUGGUGGGAAAUCCUCCCUUUGAGAGCGCCUCCCAUAAUGAGACCUACAGACGCAUCCUCAAGGUAGAUGUAAGGUUUCCCCCAUCCCUGCCUUUGGGGCCUCAGGACUUGAUCUCCAGGCUUCUCAGAUACCAGCCUUCGGAUCGGCUGCCCUUGGACCAGAUCCUGGAGCACCCCUGGGUCCGGGCCCACUCCCGGAGGGUGCUGCCUCCAAGUACUCAAAUGGUCUCCUGAGCCCUGUCCACCCUUCUUCCUUUGAUUGUCCAUGGAGCACCCCUGGCUCUGGUAUCUCAUCUGUCUUGUGUUUCUUCUCUUUUAAGAUGCAUCAUGCUAAUAAAAACGGAAUCACUUUGUACCAGG